AUGUCACUAGAGACUCUACUCCUGGACGUGUCACUAGAGACUCUACUCCUGGACGUGUCACUAGAGACUCUACUGGACAUGUCACUAGAGACUCUACUACUGGACGUGUCACUAGAGACUCUACUACUGGACGUGUCACUAGAGACUCUACUACUGGACGUGUCACUAGAGACUCUACUGGACGUGUCACUAGGGACUCUACUCCUGGACGUGUCACUAGAGACUCUACUACUGGACGUGUCACUAGAGACUCUACUCCUGGACGUGUCACUAGAGACUCUACUCCUGGACGUGUCACUAGAGACUCUACUCCUGGACGUGUCACUAGAGACUCUACUACUGGACGUGUCACUAGAGACCCUACUACUGGACGUGUCACUAGAGACUACUCCUGGAAAGACUCUACUCCUGGACGUGUCACUAGAGACUCUACUACUGGACGUGUCACUAGAGACUCUACUACUGGACGUGUCACUAGAGACUCUACUGGACGUGUCACUAGAGACUCUACUACUGGACGUGUCACUAGAGACUCUACUACUGGACGUGUCACUAGAGACUCUACUACUGGACGUGUCACUAGGGACUCUACUCCUGGACGUGUCACUAGAGACUCUACUCCUGGACGUGUCACUAGAGACUCUACUCCUGGACAUGUCACUAGAGACUCUUCUCCUGGACGUGUCACUAGAGACUCUACUGGACGUGUCACUAGAGACUCUACUGGACGUGUCACUAGAGACUCUACUACUGGACGUGUCACUAGAGACUCUACUGGACGUGUCACUAGAGACUCUACUACUGGACGUGUCACUAGAGACUCUACUACUGGACGUGUCACUAGAGACUCUACUACUGGACGUGUCACUAGGGACUCUACUCCUGGACGUGUCACUAGAGACUCUACUCCUGGACGUGUCACUAGAGACUCUACUCCUGGACAUGUCACUAGAGACUCUACUACUGGACGUGUCACUAGAGACUCUACUCCUGGACGUGUCACUAGAGACUCUACUCCUGGACGUGUCACUAGAGACUCUACUACUGGACGUGUCACUAGAGACUCAACUCCUGGACGUGUCAUUAGAGACUCUACUGGACGUGUCACUAGAGACUCUACUACUGGACGUGUCACUAGAGACUCUACUCCUGGAUGUGUCACUAGAGACUCUACUGGACGUGUCACUAGAGACUCUACUGGACGUGUCACUAGAGACUCUACUCCUGGACGUGUCACUAGAGACUCUACUACUGGACGUGUCACUAGAGACUCUACUCCUGGACGUGUCACUAGAGACUCUACUACUGGACGUGUCACUAGAGACUCUACUCCUGAAUGUGUCACUAGAGACUCUACUACUGGACGUGUCACUAGAGACUCUACUGGACAUGUCACUAGAGACUCUACUGGACGUGUCACUAGAGACUCUACUCCUGGACGUGUCACUAGAGACUCUACUCCUGGACGUGUCACUAGAGACUCUACUACUGGACGUGUCACUAGAGACUCUACUCCUGGACGUGUCACUAGAGACUCUACUCCUGGACGUGUCACUAGAGACUCUACUCCUGGACAUGUCACUAGAGACUCUACUCCUGGACGUGUCACUAGAGACUCUAUUCCUGGACGUGUCACUAGAGACUCUACUACUGGACGUGUCACUAGAGACUCUACUGGACGUGUCACUAGAGACUCUUAAGAGUUUGCAUAGAAGGUGAUUUGUUUAUUCAUAUUUAGUAACAGUGAUUUUGAUGCUGAAAAGCAAUUCUAAGCAUGCUCUUUCAAUAAGGAAGCAGUGUGAAUUUUGAGUUACAUUGGCCUAUGGAAACUAAACUUAUUGCUUAGAAACUGAUUUACUAUUUAUAGUAACAGUGACCUUGACCUUUGACACUGAAAAGCAAUCCAAAGCAAGCAGUUUGAGGUAUAUCGCUUUGAAGUAUCAUUUUGAUUGCAAAAGCAAACUGAAGUUAUUGUAUGGAAACUGAUUUUCUGUAUUCAGCAAUAGUGACCUUGACCUUUGACAUAGAAAAGCAAUCCCAUGCAGGCACUUUCAAUAAGAAAGCAUUGUAUGAAGUUUGAGUUCGAUUGGCACUUUUGGCAGGCCCUAAUUAAGUAGUAUCUACACAUAACGGCAUUUAAAAAAAAUAUUAAUCAUGUUACUAUGGAGACGGAUAUCUACUACUCUGAUGAUAUGUGUAAAUGUUAGAAAUCUCUUAUACAACAAGCCCUACUAGAUAAUUAUUUCACUCCACCCAAGUAUAAGUAAUCGAUCACACAUCAAAUGUACAGUGAUCCAGUAUAUCACUAGACAUGACAACAUGUUUAUUAUCUGUAAAGACAGGUUCUUUACAAACAUAAGCUCAAUAUCCUAUAAUAUAAAACUUUAAUAGCAAAUUGAGAACAUCAUAACAAUAACAAGUAUCCUUAGUAAAACCUUGACAUCGAUAAUGCAUACAUGAUUGCUCUCUGUCUACCUUUCUUCUACCAUCAAUCUUCAUCCCUUUACACAUCUUAAAUAUUAUCAACACUUUAACAGUAUAGUAUUACACCGAGGUUUUACUGUACCGUACACAAACCAGGGAUCACAUUUAUACAGUGUAGAUAGUAUUACACCGAGGUUUUACUGUACCAUUCACAAACCAGGGAUCACAUUGUAGAUAGUAUUACACCGAGGUUUUACUGUACCGUACACAAACCAGGGAUCACAUUUAUACUGUGUAGAUAGUAUUACACCGAGGUUUUACUGUACCGUACACAAACCAGGGAUCACAUUAAUACAGUGUAGAUAGUAUUACACUGAGGUUUUACUGUACCAUACACAAACCAGGGAUCACAUUAAUACAGUGUAGAUAGUAUUACACUGAGGUUUUACUGUACCAUACACAAACCAGG